AAAAAUAUGAAAAAAUCAUAACUAAAUUUUGUUGCAAGAAGAAAAAGGAGGAAACAACUUUAUAUUAUUAGAAUACACAGCAAAAUCAAAAAACAGAAAAAAGGGAGAGAAAGAAUAAGGAGGAGAAACAAACUAACACAGAAUCGCCAAUCAUCUUCAGAGGCUCUGUUGUGUGGUUCAUAGAACAAGUACAGCAACCAAUAGAAUGUCCCCAUCAGUGAAAUCAAAAUCCAAGUCCCAGGAAAAGGCCCCUGCAAGGGCUGGUCAGGAACAACAUAAGACUUCUCCAAAGACUUCCAAGUCUCCAACUCAUGGGAGUGGCACUCCUGCUAGUGCACGCAAUCCCAUGUCGGCAACCUUUCAAACUCCAGAAACCUCAUUGGUUGCUUCUUCUACUCUAGUUCAUGACAACAGUCAAUUCCCAAAACUAGAUGAUGCUGAUGAGCAUUCUAGUAGUCCUCAAGGAACGGUGUCUGAGUGUGACUCGGUUUCUAACAGUGGUAGCUGCUCUGGUGAAUCAGAAGAGUCUAAAGAGAAGGUUACGGCAACAAGCUCUUCUACUCGGCCAGAUAGUAUACCUGGUUGUGAUAAUGAUAGAAGGGAGAAGAUCCGCUUGAAGAAUGAGAGGAAGCACCAGAGGCAGAGGGAAAGGAGAGCGCAAGAGUUGCAUGACCGUUGUUGCGGGUACCUAAUGUCGAGAAAGCUAGAAUCACUUGCGCAGCAGUUAGUGGCAAUGGGGUUCUCUUCCGAGCGAGCGACGUUGGCCUUAAUGUUAAAUGAUGGCAAAUUAGAGCAAUCGGUAUCCUGGCUAUUUGAAGGGAGUGAAGAAUAUUCACAACCCAAGGAUACUACUAGCCUUGUAAGUGAGGGUGAUAUGAAAAUUGACAUAAGUGAUGAGCUUGCUCAGAUAUCUGCCUUGGAGGUGAAGUACAAUUGUUCAAAGCAAGAGGUUGAGAGAGUAGUUGUUGCUUGUGAAGGUGAUCUUCAAAAGGCAGAAAAUACCUUAAAAACACAGAAGCAGGAAUCUCCUACGACCCAAUUGAAGUCAGAAGAUUCUGCUCAAAAUAAUAAUAGUCUGGUGAGAUCACAAGGAUUACCAGCAGCAUCGGUUUCAAUGCAGUACAGAGGGAAUGAAAGUGACUUCAACCAUUACAACAAGGUAGGUGGUUCUGAUUCCAUGUUCCUGGAUGUUGAAACCGGGAAUGUACAUUCUCUGCAAUUGAAUCAUCCAAACAUAACGACUGAGAAAAGAUGGAGUGGUGUUCCAGGGUCAAUCCCAUCUGCUAUGUUCGGCAUGGCACCAUCCAUGCAAGCAAUGUCUCCAUUUGCUAAAAUGGAGGGCGGUCGGUCUAUUGCCCAUACAAACGAAGGAAGAAUGAUUCAACAAGGACCAGGAAGGGAGCCGGUAAUGAUGCAACAUCCACAAUUCACAAAUGCCAAACAGAACUCUAUGAUGUCUUUAAAUUCCUUUCCUUCAGGAGCAGCAGGUUGGCAUGUAAAUAGUAUUCCAGGUGCUGACAAUGUGAGGCCAAAUGGGAAGUUACUACAAACUCAAAGCAUAAGAAGUGUGAGUCCAAAUCAUUUGGAGCAAUUUGGUCAAACUCCUUAUAAAGAAUAUUCUCAUUUCCUUGGACCAGCAGACUACUCAUCUGCUGGAGUGGGUGGUUAUUGCAAGCCAAUGGGUGCAUCAUCAUCCCCUCCACCUACAAUUCCUCCUUGGCAUCAAGGUUCAUGGAGCACAAGCACGCCUUCACCUUCGCUCACGGUGCCAACUUCCCUUGGACUAUUUUCUGGUCAUCAGAAUGCAGCCAGAACAUUCAGCUCAUAUUCACACAUGGAUUGGAACGCUGGGGGCUUCAUGCCGGAAUUUGACUACACCAGCAUAGAUUGGAGUUUGAAUGCGCCAUCUUCUUCCGUGUCAGGUGGACUGAGGCUAGGGAUCUCUUCAGUGUUGAGAAACAGUUAUGGAGAUAGGAGGGGCAGUCAAUGCGUGAGUGGAUUGCAAAUGGCUAGGGAAACUUCAUCAUCUGGUGGAUUGAGAGAGUGGACCACUCCUUUUGCUGGGAAGGACAUAUUCAGUGUUCCUAGGCAGUUUGUUACCUCUCCUCCUAUGUAGUCUUGUGUCAUGGGAACUAAAGGGGAUUGGUACUUGAAAAAAAGUGUCUUAAUGGUUGUUUGUGAUUUUCCUGUGAAGUUAAUUCAUCUUCUAAUUUAUGGUCUAUGAUUUAUUUUUUCCAAUGGUUGCUUGGAUAAAAAGAUUGAUUAAGUUCUUAAUCAAUGAACUCUCAUCACAUAAGGAUUUGACAUGAAUUUUAUUUGAAA